GUUACCUCAUCGCUGCCUCCCGGAGGCUCCGCUCGCUCGCUCGCUCGCACCGCCGGCUGGGGCGGCGACUCCGGGCGCUGGAGCGAGAGAAGGACGGAGGGACGGAGGCACCGAGAGGCAGCGCUGCCCCGCGCCCCGCGCCGCUGUGGACCCGCGCGGCCGGGAGGUCGGACCUCGGUGCCUGCGCUGCCCGUGGCGCCUCCGGUCGCGCUGCGGGGCCGAGGCGGUGUCUGCGCGCCGCGCGCCGGCUCAUCUCUCCAGAGCUUCUGCACCCGCCGGAGCUGCUCGUGCGUCCGCCGUCGGCCUGCGCGGCUGUCUGUCCGGCCUCCCGCCGCCAGCUCCGUCCCCUGACCUGGCCUCGUCGGGCCCCGGGUGCGCCGGGGGGCGAUGAGGAGUGAGGCGGGGCUGGGGCGCACGGGGCAGGGCGCACGGCGCGGCGCCGGCCCAUGAGGCUUCCCAGCGCGGGGCGCGGCAGCGCGCGCGGGCCAUGGGGGGCAGCCUGCGGGUGGCCGUGCUGGGCGCCCCGGGUGUGGGCAAGACGGCCAUCAUCCGUCAGUUCCUGUUCGGAGACUACCCCGAGCGCCACCGGCCCACGGACGGGCCGCGCCUCUACCGGCCCGCGGUGCUGCUCGACGGCGCUGUCUACGACCUCAGCAUCCGGGACGGCGACGGCGCUGGCCCGGGUGUGAGCCCCGGGGGUCCAGAGGAGUGGCAGGAUCCUAAGGACUGGAGCUUGCAGGACACGGACGCCUUCGUGCUCGUCUACGACAUCUGCAGCCCGGACAGCUUCGACUACGUGAAGGCGCUGCGGCAGCGCAUCGCCGAGACCAGGCCGGCGGGCGCACCGGAGGCGCCCAUCUUCGUGGUAGGCAACAAGCGGGACCGGCAGCGGCUGCGCUUCGGGCCUCGGCGCGCGCUGGCCGCCCUGGUGCGCAGAGGCUGGCGCUGCGGCUACCUCGAGUGCUCCGCCAAGUACAACUGGCACGUGCUGCGUCUCUUCCGCGAGCUGCUGCGCUGCGCUCUGGUGCGCGCCCGCCCUGCGCACCCGGCCCUGCGCCUGCAGGGGGCGCUGCACCCGGCGCGCUGCAGCCUCAUGUGACCGAAUUGGACGCCGCCGCCAAUGGGG